AUGCCCGCGUCACAAUUCGAAAAACAUGGCCGGACUGUCCCCUGGGAUGAGCAAUAUGUCGAAGAUCUCAGCCAAGCACUGCAAGCUUGUAAGGUGUGGGCUAUUUACCCUAUCGUCUGGUUAUGUUACGAGCAGAACCAGACCAAUUUGGUCUCUCAGUCCGGCCAGAUGAUUACCUACGGCAUACCGAACGACGCCGUGUCCAGUCUGAACCCCAUCUUUGUGCUGGUGGUGGUACCCCUCUUUGAACGUUGCGUUUACCCAUACAUGCACAAGGCAAAGUUGGAUCCCCGGCCAACUGUGAGAAUGACACUUGGUUUUGCCCUUAUCGCCGUAUCCAUGGCUAUAGCUGCCGGGGUUCAGCAAAUUGUCUACAAUGCGGCGCCUUGCUACGAUAGGCCGCUCGAGUGCCCGGCUUCCAACAACGGAAAGAUCCCAAAUCAGGCGAGCUUCUUACUACAAAUACCCGUCCAUAUAGUAGGCGCUAUCGGCGAAGUGCUGUGGUCCGUGUCUGGGUCGGAAUACGCUUAUAAUAAGGCAGCGCCGCACAUGAAGUCUACUUUGCAAGCCGUAACGUGA